ACGGUAUGCUUUACUACCGCAAGAUAUUCAAGGGAUUAACAUCUGCAUCAUGAAAGUUGCAGCACAUUGAUCAUUCGUGAUGUAUAAAUGAAGAACACUGGGUGCUGGCCUGACAGACACUCCAUCGCCAUCGUCCUCCUCAGUUGUGUAUGUGUGCCUAGCUUCAGCAAUGGCGUCCUUGACAAAUCUUAUAGUACUACCACUUCUCUUGCUCGCCACCUUCUCUCCUACACCAUCACUGUGCUAUGUCAGUCCAUCUGCUGCAGGGGUACAUGAGGGUGCUACACAAACAUCUGCCUACCGCACUUACAUUGUGCUCGUCAAGCCACCUCCCUCAGGUACCAACGAAGAGGGGCAUCGUCGGUGGUAUGAGACUUUCUUGCCGAGCUCACACAUCGGCGAAUCUGGGGAGCCACGUCUCCUCCACUCCUACAUCGAGGUGUUCAGCGGCUUCGCGGCGAGGCUCACAGAGGCUGAGCUCGACGCGGUCACCAAGAAGCCGGGGUUCGUGCGCGCGUUCCCAGAUCGGACGCUGCAGCUCAUGACCACGCACACGCCGGAGUUCCUCGGGCUGAGGAAUGGCACCGGAUUUUGGAGCGACGCAGGCUACGGGAAGGGAGUGGUCAUCGGGCUGCUCGACACCGGGAUCUAUGCAACACAUCCUUCGUUCGACGAUCAUGGUGUCCAAUCACCCCCGACAAGGUGGAAGAGCUCGUGCAAGGCGGUCAGGUGCAACAACAAGCUCAUCGGUGCCAACUCAUUUACUGGAGAUAACGACUCGUACGAUUACGUGGGGCACGGAACACACACCUCAUCCACUGCCGCCGGCAACUUCGUCACCGAUGCGUCAGACCAUGGCGUGGGCACGGGCACUGCUUCCGGAAUUGCUCCAGGUGCCCACAUCGCCAUGUACAAGGUGUGCACCGCCGAGGGCUGCGAAGAAUCCGCCGUAGUGGCCGGCCUGGAUGCGGCCAUCAAGGAUGGGGUGGACGUGCUCUCGCUAUCUCUCAGUAGCCUCACCGGUGUCAGCUUCAAUAAGGACCCCAUCGCCAUCGGCGCGUUCAGUGCUAUAUCCAAGGGCAUCAUUGUGGUGUGUGCGGCUGGCAACAAAGGUCCUGCUCCACAGUCGGUCUCCAACAGUGCACCGUGGUUGCUCACGGUUGCCGCUGGCUCAGUGGACCGGAGAUUCGACGCUGGCGUGCAUCUCGGCAACGGCAAGCGCAUGGACGGAGAAGCAUUUACCCCGGCUAUAAAGCCAACCUCAAAGCCAUACCCUCUCCUCUACUCCGAGGAGCAUCGUUUCUGCCAGAAUGCGUCUUACGGUUCAGUUGCCGGGAAAAUAAUUGUUUGUCAGUCCACAACACCCAUGGCUCGCUAUUCUGACAUUUCGAAGCUAAUGGGUCAUGGUGCGGCUGGCGUGGUUCUUUUCAAUGACAAAGCCACUGGCUACACCAUUAUUCUUCAGGAUUUCGACGAAGCGAGAGUGGUGCAGGUGACCUUCGCCGACGGCAUCGCCCUCGCAACUUACACGAAGACAUCAUUGAACAACGCCGUUGCCACUUUCACAUAUAACAACACAGUGUUGGGUGUUCGUCCGAACCCGGUCGUGGCAUCAUUCUCUUCCCGGGGUCCAAGCUCCGUCGCUCCCGGUGUGCUCAAGCCGGACAUUCUUGCGCCCGGGCUCAACAUCCUUGCGGCGUGGCCAAGUCCCCCUUUCAAAAUCAUAUCGGGCACGUCCAUGGCAACGCCACAUGUCAGUGGUGCUGCGGCGCUUAUCAAAAGCUUGCAUCCUGACUGGUCACCGGCUGCCAUCAAGUCGGCCAUCCUGACAACCUCGGACACCACGGAUAAUAUCAGCGGCUCCAUCUUGAACGAGAGGCAUGAUAAAGCCAGUGCGUAUGAUAGAGGCGCCGGCCAUGUGAACCCGGCGAGAGCCGCCGAUCCUGGUCUGGUGUACGACCUCGGUGUAACCGACUAUGCAGGCUACAUCUGCUGGCUCCUCGGCGACGAAGGCUUGGUGACCAUCGUACGCAACUCGAGCUUGACCUGCGCGAAGCUGCCCAAGGUCAAGGACGUUCAGCUCAACUACCCUACUCUAACUGUGCCGCUAGCAUCAACGCCGUUCACCGUGACCCGGACGGUGACGAACGUUGGGCCGGCAGAUUCUACUUACGCCGCCAAGGUAGACUCACCAAGCUCUAUGAAAGUGCAUGUCUCCCCAGAGACACUGGUGUUCUCCAAAGCUGGAGGAAAGAAGACGUUCAGCGUGACGGUGAGCUGCCAAGGCGUGGGUGCAUCGGAAAUCUUUGUGGAGGGAAGCUUGAGCUGGGUGUCAAAGAAGAAUGUUGUGCGCAGUCCCAUUGUGGCUAUCCGUGGAGCAGGAGGUCCUGCUCCCGCUCCAUCACCAUGAACAAUAUCCGUGCCCUGAGAUUUCAGGCUUAGUGUUUUUUUUUGUCAGAUCAAACAUGGCAAUGGAGUAAGAUUUGUGUGAUUGUGUCGUCUGUGUUUGUUUUUCUAAUAAGAGUUUUAUUAAGAACUGCAGAAACUUGUGAAAUUCUGUUGUUGUUUAAUCCUGAUAAUCUCUUGUCGGAUAAGGAACAGUAGAAACAAGUGAAAUAUAGACUCAGUUGUGUCAGAGCACAGGCAAUCUGUUGUUAAACUCCCAACUUCCUCUUGAAUGCGGAGCUCCUUGUAAUUCUUCAAGAAAAGAGAUGUGAAGGGGGAAUGAGGCACAAGCAUCACCCUGUAGGUUCUUGAAUUUUCAAACUGAAACAAAAACUUCCGAUUUGACACCUUUCCGACUUUCAGAUUUGAUUUAAAAUUUUAAAUCAACUUUCGACUGAUUUUCUGAACUUGUGCUUUGGCCGAAACAUUUGAUGGGGAGAGAGAUGGGCUAAUGUGGCAAAAUCUGCUCAGUGGCUUGUCACAUGGCAAAAUGACAUGCUGAUUUGGAUCCAUGUCAGCAAAACCGGUAUUCGGACGGCUUGAAUGUUUGAGCGGAUAGAAUGGACUAAAGCUAUUGGCCAGGACAAGUUUCUGCUCUUGUAUUUUGAACACAAAUAGGGUUCAGGACAAGUCCUGCGUAGUGGUUAUUAGAUACCACUCAUCAAAGAAAGAGGAGCUGGUGGAGAAGUUUUGCCUACGGGCAGCAGCUGCGCUAUACUUUGCCUGGAAUAUUUGGAAUGAGUGAAACCGAAGAAUCUUCCAAAACCUAUCUUCAACUGCUGAUAUGGUGUUAUUUCUAUAAUGGAAAGGGGAUUAGCCCGGUUCAAAAAAAAAACUGUUGAUAUGGUGGCUUGCUUAACCAGGUCUGACUUAGCAUACUUGGACAUGGCCAAUGUGAGGCCUUAGCUUUGUAAAUCUGUUGUUUCUCUUUCUUUUUGCUGCCUUUGGGCUUCAAACCUCUCCCUUGUAAAUUCCUAAUCUAUAUUGAAAAGGCAGAGCACCUGCCAUUAGCCCUCAAAAAAAAGGAGCUGAUUGAAUCUUAAAGAUUUCACGGUAGCUGAUUGACUAAAGGGCCUUCAACGUAGAUGACACAUCUACAUUUCUGAACCACACACAACAGGACUGCACAAAUAGCAUUUGUGUUAAGAAGACAACAAGUAGUAGAAAUUGAACAUCCAACCACUUUACAACUAAUACUCCAAUAGGCAGUAAAAUGCCACUCGAUCAUUAGUUAAACAGAUUAAAUCUUUAGCACUGUCACACCAAGAAGAGGCACUGGAAAUAGCCGUUUCAAUUUGGUGAUCAGUUCGAUCUCACCUGAUCUCAUUUCUAUCACUACUACUACAUUGAC